GCGCCAUGGGCGACUGCAUCCUGUCCUCUCUCUCCAUCCCGCCACACAGUAGAACCAUGAUCAGCACUGAGCAGACCACCUGUGACAACCAGUCAGAACCCUUGGAGGAGUUUGUGGAUGACUUCGAGGUGGAAAUUGUAACUCUGACCGAUUAUGAAGAGGUUGAAUUAGGUUUGGGUCAGGAGGAGGUGGAGGAUGGGAACGAUGACGAAGCACAGACCAUGGAGGACGAAGAAGAGCCUAAAGAAAUGCCCGCUGAAGAUGUGGAGGAAGAGGAGAAAGUGAUGGAGGACCAUGAAGAGGGGGACUUGGAGAGCAACUCGCAUCUAGAAGAAGCUGAGAAUGACUCAGCAUCCGCCCAUCACCAAACAUCCUCUGGGCCCCACAUCUGCUCAGUCUGUGAGAAGAGCUUCAAGUUUGCCUCUGCACUAAUAGCCCAUCAGGUCAUCCAUACAGGAGAGCGCCCGUAUGUGUGCCAUCUGUGCGGACGGUGUUUCUCCUUCAGGCAGUCUCUGGACAGGCACAAACAGACACAUAAGGAUGGGCGCGUUUACGACUGUUUAAUCUGUGGGGAGACCUUUCAGUCCUUGUCAGCCCGCACAGAGCACAAGAAGAGCCAUAUGGAGCAAGGCGCUUACCAGUGCUCACAGUGCCACAGGAAGUUCAACUGGGCGUCGGCCAUGGUGAGACACCUGAAGGUUCACACAGAGGGCACUGAGGUCAAAACGCAGGAACUUACAAAAAGCCUGAAGUCUGAGAAAGAGGAUAUAGGGAUUAAAGAGAUUGUAGGAGAGGUGGCUAUUGAACCCCCUGAAACAGACCCGGUGUUGGAGGAUGGAGGGAAAUCCUGUCACAAUCCACAGGAAGGAGCUGGUCAGUCCACUUCAUCUGAGCCUGCAGUGUUGGUGCCUGGACUUCUGGACAAGGUUGUAACACUUGUCAAGGUCCGUACCAGUGGUAGGAAAACGAAACCGACCUUGAAGGUGCAGAUGGUGAACCUGCAGAAGCUCAAGGGAAAGGUUGCCACCCCAAAGAGGAGGACAGAUGGAAGCUUGAUGAACCCCCAGGGUUUCACACCAUUGCAUUUUAAGAGUGAGGAACACUCCUAUGGCUCACCAGUGGUCUCAACAAAGGAAGGAGAUACAGGUUUUCACUUCUACUCUGUUGGUCCUUCAGGGUGGUGUCCAUUCGUCAACUCAGACGAGGCGUCCGUCCAGCAGCACAUUGAGACAAACCACUCGGGGAAGAGCAGGAAGAUGCUCUGUCUGCUCCGCACCAAACAGGCCAAGCGGGACACUAUGAUUGCCCAGACUGUAACAGCAGCUACAAGUUUCAGUCCUUACUGAAAUACCAUCGGCGCGUCCACACCGGCGAGCGCCCAUACGUGUGCCCUCAGUGCGGACGCCGCUU